UAUCUAGCCGGCAACCCUCCAUCUCCUUAGAUCGAAACAGAAAACUUGAUUCUAGCUCGGCCAUGUCUACCCUCACGACCAUUAGCAGCGGCACGGAGGAGUUCCUGGAAGUGGAGGAGCUCGUCGACACGAGGCUGUCCCUUGUGAUCGGUGCCGGGAGUCCGCAGCACCCGCCGGGGCAGCCUCUGCUGCCCCUGACCGAAAAGGAAGCGUCGGCAGGCAGGAAGAGGAAGAGGGCGAGUACGGUGAAGGGCGGCAGCGACAUCAACGAUGACAGCGGCGGCAGCGGCGCGAGGAAGAAGCUCCAGCUCACCGGCGAGCAGGCGGCGGCAAUGGAGAAAAGCUUCCGCGCCCACAACGUCCUGUCCCAUGAUGAGAAGCAUGAUCUGGCGCGGCGGCUCGGGCUGAAGGCAAGGCAGGUGGAGGUGUGGUUCCAGAACAGGAGGGCACGCACCAAGCUCAAGCAGACGGAGCUCGACUGCGGGCUGCUCCGCCGGUUGUGCGAGCGGCUCAGCCACGACAACGAGCGGCUCCGGCGAGACCUCGCUGAGGCGCGUUCCUCCUUAUCGUCGGCAGCCUUCAUAUCCAGCCUCACGUCCUCAUCAUGCCCGUCCUGCAACAAGCCUGGCGGCGGCUGGCCUGGUGUCGGCCUAAUAAAUCGAGAUUAGGACGGUAGAAGUGCAUUUUCAUAUGUUAAGAAACAGCCAAAUCGUUAGUUAAAUACUGUAUAGGGCGCGGGAUAGAUGAUUAUACAUAGUGAUUUAAUGACUUGCAUUUAGAUGUAUGUGUGAAGAUCGAUAUGAAUGCUUAGGUGGAUGAUCAUCGUUUGGAAAUGUUCUGCCCAACAUAUUUCAUUUGAUAGCCACCACAGCCAUAGGGGGACCCAAGUGUUCCUAAGUCCGGGCUUGUGCCCAGAGUUUCGGCCGGUGGCGCAGCCUAUUUUGAUAAAAAUUUGAUGAAUAUUUUGAUGAAUA